GCUCUGACUGUAGAGAGGAGAGUCAACCUGACGACAUGAGAGCUCUGCUGCUGCUGCUGGUGGUGGUGGUGGUGUGCCUGUCGGUGGGCUGCCUGGCUCAGAGACCCCUGCCAUGCACCUCCCCGCCGCUGCUGACCGGUUCCCUUUCUGUGUCCACCCAGAAUGAGAAGCUGGGGGCCUUCGCCAAAUACACCUACGAUGCUCUGGGACAGCGGAUCCGCCUCAGGGAGUUUGGUUCCUACGACAACAAGACCUUCCACCUGGACGUACUCCUGCUCUACAGAGAUGGUGUGAUGUACAAGAUCAACUACAGGAACCAGACGUGCUGCAAGAAGCGCCUGAGCCGAGUUUUCCACCCGCUGGCCAUCCCGCAGGAUGCCUCCCUGCUGGGCCAGGUCGUGCUGGGCAGCUCCUCCGGCCCCGGGCAGGGGGUCCUGGUCAACACCUGGACCGGCCAGCUGCAGAUGAGGAACAAGACAGUGAAGUACAUGAGCACCGUGACGGAGUUCGGCUGCAUUCCCGUCACCACGCUGUUCCACAGCUGCAGGGAUGGAUGGAGGAUCACCAGCUUCUUCGACAACGUGAUUGGGCUGUCUGACCCUCAACAGCUCAUCCCACCGCGUUUCUGUGACGACGCCAAGUUGGAAGAAGAGGAAGGGGAGGAGCCAGCUACCUUCUACAGCUUGUUCUAGAAGAUUCUCAUGAAUCUGGUUCACCUUGUGAAUCUUUGCACUGACCUAUCACUUCCUUCAGUCCUUGAUAAAGAAACUUUUAAGUGGAAAUCGUUGCCAUCAGCCUGACUGUUACUCGUUUGUGUAUAAAUCAAGUGUUGUAGAAUUUAAAUUGAGUGCAAAUAAGUAUAAAGAUAUAUAUUUUUUGCAUUUUUUUUUCUUCAUCAUGUAUGAAUAAAUGCUCUAAAAGUCAACUUUUUGAGACAUCAUAAAUGUUUGAUUCGUUGUCAGCUUUUAGCCAUGGCAACACACUGUGAUUGUGAGAACUUUAAAUAUGCUUUAAAUAUGUUUCUAUAAAGCAUCUCAAUAAAUCAGAAUAUCAUCAAA